AUGUCACCUGCGACGAAUGGUCCUUCUACCUGCUGCCCCUGGACGAAGACAUCAUCAGCAUGGAGCUGCCCGAGUUCUUUCGCGACUACUUCUUGGUGGUCUACGAGGGGCUGGUGGACGACACCUUCCGCAUCAAGUGCGGGAGCGUGGAUUUCGGGCCAGAUGUCACCUCUUCUGACAAGAGCAUUAAGGUGCUGCUCAACGCCGAGGACAAAGUCUUCAGCCAGAUUCGGAACGAGCACUUCUCCAGCGUGUUCGGCUUCCUGAGCCAGAAGUCGCGUAACCUGCAGGCACAGUACGACCGGCGCCGCGGCAUGGACAUCAAGCAGAUGAAGAACUUCGUGUCUCAGGAGCUGAAGGGACUGAAGCAAGAGCAUCGCCUGCUGAGCCUGCAUAUCGGUGCCUGCGAGUCCAUUAUGAAAAAGAAAACCAAGCAGGACUUCCAGGAGAUGAUCAAGGCUGAGCACUGUGAGUGCUGCUCCCUGCCCCGCAGCCUGCUGGACAUGAUGGUGGCGGAGGAGGAGAACCUGAAGGAGCGCCUGCUGAAGAGCAUUGCCAUGUGCCGGAAGGAGCUCGACACCCUCUGCAGGGAGCUCCAGCUGGAGCCCUUCGAGGUAGAGGAAAAGAGCACCAUUCUGCAGAUGGAGAAGAACUUGCGCACCCGCGUGGAAGUGAUGCUAAAGCAGAAAAGGGACAGGAAGCAGGAGCUGAAAACCCUGCAAGAACAAGAUCGAGACCUGUGUGACAUCCUCUGCGCGACCCCAUUCUGCAUUGACAGCAACGCCGUGCCCAGCCUGGAGGACCUGGACCGCUACAGGCGCCACUUGGCCUCCCUGGCCGCCGAGAAGGAGCAAAGGCUGGAAGAGUUUGUCAGCAGCAAGCGGCAAAUCAUCCUCCUGAUGGAGGAGCUGGACCACACUCCAGACACGAGCUUUGAGCGGGACGUGGUGUGCGAGGACGAGGAAGCCUUCUGCCUGUCCUCGGACAACAUCGCCGCCCUCCAGAAUCUGCUGCAGCAG